AUAAUUACAACUUCAUGAAUAAUACAUUAGGUUGGGUUUUAACAAACUUCCCGUUUCAUUGUCGGAUAAAUAAAUAUUAGUAAUCUUAGCAUUCUUAAGGAUUUUUAUUUAGCCAUUUAUUUAUUAAAGUGUUAAAGUGAAGGGGAUAAAAUAUAAAACUAUAAUUUCUUAAAAGACUAUGAUUUUUAAUUGUCUGCUGUGAAUGUCCUAAAAAGUAGUUAUUUCUGCAGUAUUACUGUCAUAUCAAAUAAUACUAAGUUACUUGGAAGUAGAUUUAAUUAUUAUUUUUAAUAAGUUUUAAUAUUUAAAUUACUCUUUAAUAUUAGCAGGGCAAAGAUAUAAUUGAUUAUUACUCCUACACAAUUUUAAACAUUCUAUGUAUUCAUACAUAUUGAAUUAAUUAUAGAAGAGAUGUUUGUUAACGGUUGAGAAAGGUAAAGGGGCUACCCUUGUAUCUUUUUUCACCUUUGGUUCGCUACUACAUAGCACUAAAUAAUUUUUUUAUUAACCUAGUUUCAUUUUUCAGGUAUUGUUUUUGUUGGCUGUAUAUGUAUGGUCUUUUGUUAUUUCUACUGCAAAUAUGAUUUAUAAACGCACAUCUUUGUGCAGAAACUGAUUAAAAUAUUUAAAUUUUCAAAACUAUUCAAUUGAAAAAUCAGAAUAUGAUGGAUUUAUCAAGUGAAAUUGUUAACAAUGAAAAGAAUGCAUUUGAUGAUACAUUUAUUAGCAAGUAUAAUGACAUCAUCAAUACAUUAACUGCUAUUGAAAGCAAUGAAAUACAGACUGACCUUUACCAUAUUACAUUUCAAGAAGUAAUGAAAAAAAUAAACGAACUUCAAGAAUAUCUCAAUGAUUGCAAAGUUUUUUUACCUGCAUAUAAUAUGAAAAAAUGUUCUAAUACAAUCAAAGAACUAACCAGAUUUUAUGAAAAUUUACAUGAUAAAUUGUUACCAAAGAAGAAAUUUGCCUUCAGAAAAAAUCAAAUAAAAUCUCCAAAACAAAAAGAAGUAAAAUCAAACUUUCGACCAUUAAAUAAUUUAGUAUUUGAUGAUUGUGGUUUUAAAAAUCGUUCCAAUGAAAGUUUAAAACUUUUAGAAGAUCAAACUUUUUCAAAAGAUAUUGUUCUAGAGAAUUUGAAUAAUUGUAAUGUUUUAAUAUAUGGUUCUCCAAGUACUAUUCAUAUAACAUCAUUGGACAAUUGUAAAAUAUUUGCUUGUGCAAUUACUUCUAUUUUCAUAGAAAAUUGUAAAAAAACAAUAUUUACAUGUGCAUCUCAGCAGUUACGAAUCCAUGAAACAUCUUCUUGUGAUUUUUAUAUAUAUGUUGUCAGUUCUGCUAUUAUUGAAAAUAGCAAAAAUUUACGUUUUGGUCCUCUAAAAAUCAAUAAUCCAAUAAUUGAAAAUAUUUUCAAAGUUAUAAAGUUUGAUAUAAAUAACAAUAAUUGGAAAAUAAUUAAUGAUUUUGAUUGGUUAUCAUCUUAUGAACCAUCACCAAAUUGGAAAGAAAUUCCAGAAUAUGAAUACAAUCAACCUAAUUUAGAAAAUCCCUAAAUUAUUUAUGAUUAAUUCAAAAUGUCAUAUUGGUGUGAAAUUUGGAUGAUAUAUUUAUUAUAAAAUUAGUAUUAUAAUUUAAUUCACAUUGUAUUAUUUAACAGAGAACCCAUUUUUUUGUUUAAAAAAACUAAUGCAUAAUCUGUAUAUUGUAUAAAUUAUUUAUAUAUUUAUGAAAUAAUAUAUAUUUUAACUAAAAGUUGUUUAUGUUUAUUAUCGAUAGUGUAAUUGAUAUUUAAGAUUAAAAUACUAACUUAAAUUAUAUUAUACUCUCAGGAAUUUUUUUUUGGAUAGUCUACACGGAUAAUUUAAUUUUGGCAACUAUUUAUUUCAUUAUUCUUACGAAAAUAUUUUUUACUACUACUUUAGUUACUUGUAUUAUUAACAUAAAAAAAUUAUAAUUAUAUUAUAUUUUUUGAGGGGCUCAAUCAUCCCUCUUAGGUUUUGAUAAAAUAUAUAAAAAUUUAUUUAUUUAUUAACCCUUGAUGGAGCUUCAAUAACAUCACACAGUAUUUUUAGAAAACAUUAAAUUAACAUAUGUGCAAUGUUUAAUUAUGUUUUAUGUAUCUUUUUAAUAUUAAUAAAUUUUUAAAACUUUAAAAUGUUGUGAGGGAUAAGGUUUUCUGGCAAAAUCAUUUCUGUAAUUUUCAUUUUAUUCUGUAUUAAACAUCAAAGUUAUAUUUUUGAUUAUUUAAUUUUAAUAAAUAAAUAAAUUAAAAUAGAUUUUCAUCUUAA